AUGCAGGUGUGGGACUGGGAGCAUAUACCAGUGUCGAGACCACUUCCACAUAGGGAUAGGCUAGUUGGUCAGGAUGUGCCAGAGUGGGGGCCUACUCUAAAUAGUGGAGAAACCAUGGAUGAGUAUAUGACCCUUGCAGGAGAGAUAUGGGAUUAUGGGGCCAGGAGGCAAGGGGGUCCUAGAUGGAGAGAGGAGGAUGAGGGAGAGGAGGGAGGUGAUGUAGGUGGAGGGGGUGGUGGAGAAGAUGGAGGUGGAGGGGGUGGUAGAGGUGGGGAUGGCACGGGUGGAGGUGGUAGAGGUGGGGAUGGCAAAGGUGGAGGUCGUAGAGGUGGAGGUGGUAGAGGUGGAGAUGGAAGAGGUGGAGGUGGUAGAGGUGGUCUUGUGCUUGGUGCGGGUGGGGGUGUGAGGAUAGGUGUGGUGUUAGCUAUUGUUGAAGGGAUGGAAGAUGAUAGGCAACUUGCCUAG